AUGAACAGUAAUGAUUCACUAGUUUCUGAAUUUAUUAUCUUGGGCUUGUCUACUGAUAAAGAACUUGAAACUUUCCUUUUUAUUCUGUUUUUGAUUAUUUAUAUAGUGGCCUUGACUGGUAAUGUAACCAUCCUCAUUCUGUCCAUCACAGAUCCUGGUCUUAAAACACCUAUGUAUUUCUUUUUGGGACUGUUGUCAUUUCUUGACAUCUGGUGUACUUCAGCUACAUUACCUAAGAUGCUCUCUAGCUAUGUGACACAGUCUAAGGUGAUUUCAUAUUAUGGGUGUGUAGCCCAGUUGUUCUUCUUCACAUGGCCAAUGGGUGUUGAGCUUUUACUCCUUACAGUUAUGGCAUAUGACCGAUUUGUUGCAAUUAGAAAUCCACUUCGUUAUGCAUCAAUAAUAAAUCGUAGAGUCUGUGUGAACAUAGCAAUUAUUAUCUCUAUUAUUGGCUCUCUUAAUUCAGUGACACACACAUAUUGUACCUUUAGGCUUCCCUAUUGUAAUGACAAUAAGAUAAAUCACUUCUUCUGUGAGAUAAUGCCAUUGCUGAAACUGGCAUGUGCAGACACCUACAUCAAUGAGAUUGUGGUCUUUACAGCUGAUUUUAUCCUCGGUAUUUGCUGUUUCUUACUCACUUGUGUUUCAUAUGCAUUUAUUUUCAACACUAUACUUAAGAUACGUACUGCUGAAGGCAAGCGUAAAGCCUUUUCCACCUGUGCUUCCCACAUUGUAAUUGUAUCUCUGUAUUAUGGAGCUGUCAUAUUUACUUACAUCAGACCCAGGUCCAGCCUGUCUUUGGAAAAAGAUAAAAUAGUAUCUGCUCUAUAUGCUGUAAUUACGCCUACACUGAACCCUAUAAUUUAUAGCCUGCGGAAUAAAGAAGUAAAGGAGGCAUUCCUAAGAGUGUUUAAAAGACUAGUACCACAUAGGUUCCAGAAAAAUGCACCACCUCGGUUAAGACUUUUUUAACUAUCUAAAAUUUGGGUUUAUUUAUGUUAUGAAAAAUGUGCCCUUUAUUGCAUGUUGCCAUUUUACAACAUUUUCAAAAGAAUUAAACAUAAUAACAGUUUUAAGUUGAUUAUUUUAGUAGUUAAUCACUUCCCGUCCAGCCUAUAGACAAAUGGUGGCUGAGCAAAAGCACUACAUUUCGGGUACCCUGGAAUUACUGUGACCAAUCACAGCAAAUCAUGUGACAGUUGCA